AUUCUGUUAAGAGGCCACCUCAGCUGCCAGCCUCGUCAUACAACACGAUCGCUGUCUACUUUUGCGAAACGACAAACGACGCGUUUCAAUUGAUGAUGGCGCCUCCACUACCCGCUCUGUUACUAGCAUUCUCAUUGCUUUCGAUCCCCUCCCAGGCGAGAAUAUUGUUUCCAUUCGAGCAACGCCAAUUGACCAAGGAAUACGUCGCAUCGCUUUCAGAAGCAGAUCAGGCACUUUUUGGGUUCGACGACGAUCUCAGUACUCUUGCAGUGAACACGACAGACAAGAGAUGUCGCUACGGCCCAGCCGACGGCAAAUGGCCCGCAGAAAAAGCAUGGACACGGUUAUCCAAGCAGCUGAGCACAGCCGAUGCUCUCAUCAAGACAACACCCCAAGCAUCCGUAUGCUAUGGGACUGCGAAAGAUGACGCGAAGUGCCAAACUUUGACUGCAAGCUGGGCAAACUCGUACACGCACAUUGACGAUCCAACCGAGGUGCUGUCGCCUAUAUAUCAAGGUCUCACUUGCCAGCCGCCUACGAUCUACAAUAGCGGCAGUUGUUCGUUGGGAGGGUACCCUUCAUAUGUUAUCAAGGCAGCGGACGUGCUAGACAUCCAGUUAGGUAUCAACUUCGCGCGCAAUGACUAUCUACGUCUCGUCAUCAAGAACACUGGGCAUGAUUUUGGAGGAAAGUCGGUCGGUGCUGGUUCGUUGAGCAUAUGGACACAUGGUCUAAAGGACAUUCAAUUUUUCGACAGCUAUACGGACGGAAGCUACAAGGGCCCUGCUGUAAAGGCUGGCGCUGGCGUGCAGGCGUUCGAUUUGUACAAAGCCGCCAACGAGAAAGGCUUGGUAGUAGUCGGUGGUGAGGGACAGACUGUGGGCAUCAUGGGAGGGUACAUCCAAGGCGGCGGUCAUUCCCCGCUCAGCUCAAUGUACGGUAUGGCAGCGGACAACGUCCUAGGCUUCGAGAUCGUGACAGCCACGGGCGAGUUCCUGACCGCAAAUUCAACGAGCAACCCCGAUCUUUUCUGGGCCUUGCGAGGAGGCGGGGGCGGCACGUUUGGAGUCGUCACAUCUGUGACCGUGAAAGCCUUCAAAGACCUCCCCGUCACCGCCGCCUCCUGGACCUUCGACAGCGCGAAACUUGGCAAAGACAAAUUCUGGACCGCCGCGAAAGCCAUCUUCGACCGCUCAACCGACUACGUCGAUAACGGCAUUUACACCUACUUCAUCCUCUCCCCCUCCACAAAUGGCAAAGACUUCACCUUCACAAUGCAGCCCUUCUUCGCCCCCAAUAGAACCACCCAAGGCCUCAACGUCAUCCUCGCACCACUCCAAUCCCAGCUCACCGCCCUCAAUAUCCCCUUCUCACCAAAGAUCACGGAGUACAAAGGCUUCUACCCAGCAUGGCAGGCCGAGUUCUCCCUCGAGACCCAGUCCGAUGUGCAAACCGCCUUUGGCUCCCGACUUUUCCCCCGCUCAAACUUCGCCUCCGAAACAGGCCGCAACGUGACAUUCACCGCACUCCGCCAGACCGCCGAGGCAGGGCAGAUGAUCAUAGGAUUUAACCUCGCGCCGACGCUCGCACGGGGCGGAAACCCGGACAAUGCGGUGAAUCCUGCGUGGCGCAGUGCUGUUUUGCACGCCAUCACUGGCCUGCGGUGGGACGUCAAGGCUUCUGCUUCCGAUAUCCGCGCUGCACGUACGUCCUUCACGAAUGGGACGAUGAAGCGGUGGCGCGAUGUUACGCCGAGCAGUGGGAGUUACCUUAACGAAGCAGAUCGGCUGGAACCGAAUUGGCAGCAGAGCUUCUGGGGGAACAACUACGCAAAGCUCCUGCAGAUUAAGAAAGACUGGGAUCCGAAGGAUGUGUUUUGGGCUGCGAAUGCAGUCGGAAGUGAGGGAUGGGUCGUGGAGAGUGUGGAUGGUCUGCCAAAUGAGAAUGGGAAGCUGUGUAAGGUUAAUGGGACUACCGCCGCUGUAGCGGAAGAGGCUAAGUUCUGAGGGCGUCUUGAAGAGUGUGUGGGAUUGAUUGUUCGACGAUAUAAACAGCUG